AUGAAGGGAUCCAGAUCAUUAAUCCUCUCAUGUUUUCUCGCUUUUGCUCUUGUUCAAUCCACAAGAGCUGCGCAUGAGGCGAAGCUUGUAGCUCGUAUUGACAUCCUUGGUACUGGUACAGACGCAACAACCUCUGCCGCUGCUACCACUUCGGAUACUUCCACAAGUUCAUCAUCAUCAUCAGCGACCUCGGCAACAGCGACCAGCAAUACAGCAUCAUCCACUGCUCCUCCAACGUCGACUACCUCAUCAACUACAGCUACAUCUGCCACUCCUACAUCUGCAACAACUCCUACUUCCACAGGUGAAACCUCUCAGACGAGCGCUCAAUCCACGGCAGGUAACACGCAAACUUCUGCCACUGCAGCUCCAACGCGGUCCGUUGUAACAUCGACGGCCGCGAACGGUGAAACCGUGAUUGUGACCCAAACUAUACCAGCCAGCUCGGCCACUAGUGCAUCAGCUUCCUCGUCGGCUACUUCGGGUGCCGACAAUAGCAGUGACGAUGACAGCAGUGGGCUGAGUACCGGAUCUAUCAUUGGUCUGUCAGUCGCUGGCGGCGUUGCUUUACUGGGUAUCAUAUCCUUCUUCGUUUGGAAAUUCACGAGAAAACGUUUCAGUGACUAUGAUGAUAAUGAAGCCAUCAAGUGGCCUGAGUUGAACGCCCAUUCAUCUGAUAUCGGAGAUUCUCACCCUCUUCCUGUGCAUAACACCGGUCGAUCCGGCUUCGAUACUGGUUCCGAGGUUUCCCUUUCGCGUGCACCCUCCACCAAUACCCACACGAAUUACUCUACCCCCGACCUUGGAAAUGACCCCUACGCCGUGCCUCCCCUUCCUCAUCUCAAUCCUAAUCAACCCAUUCCUUACCGAGAUGAUCCCUCCGCAGGCGCCGCCUAUUACGAUCCUUACCGAGGACCAGUCCCAGGAACAUUCAAUGAGCCUGGUUCGAACACAGGGUGGGGUCCCCAACCCGGCGAAGUGUAUCCGAUGACGCAGAUGGGUGCAAUGGGUGCCUCAGGCAGAGCAAGCCCAGGCCCAAGUAUGAUGGGGAGGAUGAGUCCCGCACCAGGGUAUGAUAUGCGAGGCCCAUCACCCGCGCCUCCGAUGGGGAGAGCUUCCCCCGGACCGCAGGCGGCGUACGAUAACUACGGCGCGCGGUAG